CGAUACAUCGACUAUACAGAAAACGACAACUCGACAACGGUCAUUCGUUUGGUUUGUAGAAUCAUCUGUUUCCGGAAUUUGUGAUUGUAAAUCCAGUGUUAAAACAUUAUUUUUUUGUCUAAUUUUAGAAUAAAUACUAUUUAGAAAUGCCAAGAGGUAAAUAUCAAAAUCAUAAAGGCAAAAAUCGCCGCUUUACUAAUCCAGAGGAGUUAGAAGAACAAAGAAAACGAGAAGAGAAGGAAAGGCAAUGGAGGCAAACUCAUGGUGAAGAAUCUUCGAGCGAUGAAGAAGAAGAAGAUGGAGCCGCAGCUAAGAAAGACCUCACCAAAUCGUCUGGAAGCUCAGAAAGUGAAUCAGAGUCUGAAUCGGACGAGGAAGUUCACAAAGCGAAAGGAGUUGAAAACCUAAUCGAGGUUGAAAAUCCGAACAGAGUCCAGAAAAAGACAAAGAAGUCGUCGGCACUAAACGAAGCAAUACUCAAGGAGGAUGUCAAGCCAAACUUAUCUAGGAAAGAAAGAGAGGAGCUGGACAGACAACGAGCGACACAACAUUACCAGAAGCUGCACGCUGAAGGCAAGACGGACGAGGCCAGAGCCGACCUGGCCAGGCUGGCCAUAAUCAAGCAGCAGCGAGAAGAGGCCGCCAAACAAAGGGACCUUGAGAAGCAAAGAAAAGAAGUAGCCAAACAACAGAAGACGGCCUUCACACAGAAAGCUCUAGGAAAAAAAUAAAUCAGGGUUUCUAACUAUCGAAUACUUUUUUCAUACAUUUUCAAUUCUAAACACUACGCGUCGUGCUGGCAACUGGACUACAUAACACUGCUAGCAUCUGUCUUUACUGGAGAAUAAUUCUUCACUAUUUUAUUAUGUGAAUAAUUUCCUCCUAAGUGACGUCAGGAAUUUUAUUGUACUUUGGAGCUCAAUUCCUUCACUUAGAUCGUUGCAUUGUUAAACUCACUUGCAUUGAUUUGUUCAACAUUUCUAUCUUUCUAACAAUCUGUUGUAAUUUCCGUAGCGUUCUUUGAACUCUUAUCUUAAGCUCCAACAAGCAAAUAAUCCAAUUCAGAAGAACAGGAUUUGUAUCUGAACGAAUUCUUUCCAAUUCUAUGCAGUGUAAUUUUUGAAGUAAAUAAUCAGAAUGCUAAUUUUUGCAGUUAUUCCAUUCCCCAUAGUGAUAUUCACUUUUAAAUGUUAGCAUUUGUUGAGUGCAAAGCAUUGAAAUUAUUAUUUAUAAGCAACGCUGACAAUUAGAAGUGAAUUUCACUACAGUAGGUACUCUACAGUUUUUACAGGAUUUUUUUCAAAAUUUACAUUUUACUCCCAAACCUUCAAGAAUCUCAUGACUUACAUCAGUCAAGUGUUCUUAUUUGAAGAAAAUUUAACAAAUUACUAUUAUAUUAAGUGCUCUAUAGUUCUUACAGAUUACAUUUUAUUCAAAUAUUAUAUUAAUAGUUUUACUUCGGAUUAUAAAGAUCUCAUGAAUAUCUUCAACGAUUUCAAAUGCAAUGAAAAUUAUUUUUAAUUCGAGAAAUGUAUACUUAUUCAAAACUUGGAAUAGGUCGAUUUUAUAUGAAAUUUGUGUUGUAGAUACGGAGUAUUGUUUCUAUCGUUUAUUACGUGUGUUGGUUUUCUAUUGCGAAAGGUUUGCUUUUUUUGUUGUGUGAAUUAUUUUAAUCAGAAGAGUAAAGUUGAGAUGCGAAACGAUAUUUCCGUAUUAAAUAGUAAUAUAAAAGUUUUUAAUGCAUUGUUUUUUAUCAUUGAAUACCUCCAUUCAAUACUAUCAAAUACGUUCUCAAUAUUGUGCUUGAAUCGACAUCAAUGUAAUUAUCAAAGAAUUAUAUUCAAAGUUCAUAACUCUAAAUUGUUUUAAAAGUUUUAUGCAGCAUGUUUAGAAUUUCUAUCAAUAAACGAUUUUUUAUUUACUCAA